AUGCGUUUCACUGCUGCCUUCGUCAUGCUUGCGGCCGCCAUUGGCGCCACCGCAGAAGAUGCCAUUAACAUCAAGAUUUGCGAUGGCAUCAACCAGGCUGGUGACUGUAUCAACAUUGACGUCUAUAUUCAGCACCAAUGCUACAACUUGAACGGUACUCCCGUCUCGAACAACGUCCGGUCUUUUGUGAUCCCUGACGGUUACCGCUGCCGCUUCUGGUCGUCAACCGCAUGCAAUGGCGGCGGUACUGGCGAUGUCCAGCACCCGGGCACUGACGAAAACACUCACCCCCAGGUGAACUCUGUCAAGUGUUACGCCGACUAG